UGGCGAGUGGCGACCUUUGCGAAGCAUAUUAGUGAUUUAGGGCUCACUGCUCAUAUGCCAAAAAUCCUCAAUCCUCAAUUCAUCGACGCCCUUCGUCAAAUCAAGAGUCGUCUGCGGUCGACCAUCGGCUCAUCUACCUCGUCACUGCAUAUUCACUGGCGGAUUUCGAUCUCAGGUCUCUCAAUUCAAAGUCAGAAAGUCUCAAACAGCUGGUGAGCCCAUGAGGGGAACUGAGUAACUGAGACUCUGCGACGCGACUCUCACGAUCUCACCUCAUCUCGGCGACUCUGCCUAGCUCCACCGUCUGCCAUGGUCCUCCGCCUCCCUCCAUUCCUCCAUGAUUGCUUGAUGCUUCUGUUUUAAUUUAGGGUUUAGGGGAAGGGGAAUCAAGGCUUAGUCUCAGCAGCCGCAUAAGGUUUUUCAGAAGAUUUUUAUGCGCAUGGUGAUAAGGAGAGUAUAAAUUUUCAUAAUGGACCCUUUUGACGAUAUUCUUUCUGAGCCUGCUGUAGCAAAUGCUCGUGCUGGUGGCAAGUUUCAACCCAAGGCCAAGGCACGAGUUUCACGGCCAACAAAAUCAACAUCUACAUCAGUCCUUCCAACGCUCUCUCAUGACACACAACAAUCCGAAUUAGCUAACAGUUCCUCUGAACUUGUUGCGAGAAAAGAGGCAGAAGCUGCAAGCAACGAUCUAUUGGCAGGAGUUCCACAGCUUGACAAUGACAAAACCUCAGGCUUAGGGAAUUCUUUCCAAUCUGCUACCACAGAUACUCUGCAUGAAAAGGUUGCGGUGGCUGAUAGCGGUGUAGAUUCUUCUUCGAGAAUUGCUAAAGUAACAAGCGAGAAUGUGGAUAUCUUUCGUGGGCUAGAUUUCGUUGAUGAUAUGCUCACCCAUUCCACAAGUGCGGCAGUGAGUGAUGCAAUCAAGUCCCACCAUGAGCUUGACAUGGAUGCCCGUCCUGAAAGGUGCAAAGAAGUUGCUUUUCCAAAUAAUGAUGGACGUGCUGAUGUUGAUGAUACAAUGUUGGAAGCAGAGGAAGAAGGGGCAUUUUCUGGCUUAGAUACUCUGGAUAUUGUGUCUGAUGCCACCGUUGUGCUAAGACAUAAUGGAAAAUAUCAACCCAAGCCCAAGGUACGGACUGGAGAAGAGAGAUGUUUAGGCAUUUCUCACCAGGAUGCAAUUGAGUAUGGUACACCUUCACCAAAGUCUCAUUCCUUACCUUCUGGAACUGAAUGGAUGAAUGAGAGCUCCCUUCCUAACUUCCCAUCUGGUGGCCUUGAUGACUCAUCCAUGGGAUUUGAUGAUUUUAUCUCACAUGAUACUUCUGACUGUGGAUUUGCAACAAAUGAGGAGCAAGCUAAUCCGACUACAACCUUGAACUCAGAUGAUGUUGUUUCCGUGGAUGUCCAUUUGGAGGAGGUUCCUAAAAUAGCUGAGAAACAGAGUUUCAAGGUCAGCGAAAGAGCUUCUGCGGUUUCAAAUCGUUCUCGAAAGGCUAAAAAUGCAUCCAUAAUUGGGGAGACAAAUGAAGAUGAAGAUGAUGAUGCUGUUGAUGAUGAUGAUUAUAGAGUAGAUACCGAUGAUAAUGAUGAUGAUAGAGUGGAAAGUGAAUCUCGGAAGAAAAGAACUCGAAGUAAGUCAAAGAAACCUGUGGCUGACAAGGAAAAGCCAAUUCGAAAGCGACAGAGAGCAAAUGGAGCACAGGUUCAGUCGACCAAAGACCCUCCCAAGAAGUUUUCGCACUCAACUCGUCGAAAAAAAAGACAUGUUGAUAAAAGUUUGCUUGAAAUGCCGGAGGAUGAAAUUGACUAUCAAAGGCUCCCUAUCAAGGAUCUCAUUCUACUAGCAGAUUACAAGGAACGGUUAGCGAGCAAAGAGGCAAAAGCAUCAGAAACGCCCUUGACUGAUCAAAGCACCAAUAAUACAUUUCAUGAGGAGGGUACCUUUCAUGAAGAUGAUUAUAAUAAUGAAGAGGAGACCCUUGCCUCAGAGAAAGGUGAAGAUUAUAAUGAUUACCGUGCAAAUUAUAAAAUUCAGUCUGGUCCCUUGUACUUCAAUCACCAGUCUUAUAUGAACAAAACCCCAAGAGCACGGUGGUCAAAACAAGAUACUGAGUUGUUUUAUGAGGCUGUUCGACAGUUUGGAACUGAUUUUUCAAUGAUACAACAACUUUUUCCUGGACGAACACGCCAUCAAGUUAAGUUGAAAUAUAAGAAGGAAGAACGCCAACACCCGUUGAUGCUUUCAGAAGCAGUGACCAGUCGUGGCAAAGACCACUCCCACUUUCAAAAGGUGAUUGAGCAGCUGCAAAAGGUUGCUGCUGAAGCAGAACAGGAUUACAACGGGGAUGACUCAAUUGGCAUUUCUGGCGACGAGGCUCAGGAUUUGCCUCCGGAAACCAAUGAGGAACUAGUCAAAUCAAAGGAUGAUGAAGAUGCAGCAAUUGUGGAUCAUCCGGACACAGAUGUUGCUGCAGUUCCAAGUCCUUCAAAGAAUGAUGAGGAUGAUUUUGAUUUCUGGAGUUCAUAUAAAAGUGCCUUUUAAUGUUAUUCUUUUUAUUCUCUUUCAUUUUUUUCCCAAUCCAAUUUUCUGCUGAGAAUAUAUAUCACAGAUUAUUUCUUUGUGCUCUCA